CAACAAAUGGGUAGGGAAAUUGUUCGAUCAGAAGGAAACCCGGGACAACGUAGCAGACUAUGUAAUUAUGAGGAGGCUCUUGAAGUACUAACUGAAGACAUGGGAUCGGAUAAAAUUCGAGGCAUAAUGUUGCGGUCACCUGAAUCAAAACCAACAAUGGUGCAAUUAGAGGCACAAAUAUUUCGUAAGAUGAAAAAUCUGAGAUUCCUAAUAAUUCAUAAUGUACAUUUCCUUGAGCAUGGAGGCCUUGAAUAUCUUCCCAGUGGAUUAAGAUUGCUUGAUUGGGAUACAUAUCCUUUUUCUUCAUUGCCAUCCAGUUUUUGUCCUAAAAAACUAGUUGUGCUCCGAAUGCCUCAUAACCGAAUGGAGGAACCAUUAAAGCAGAUUCGUGCACUUGAAUUCGUGACAGAGGUGGACUUCAGAUGUUGUCCAUUCAUUAGGAAAACACCUGACUUAUCAAUGUGUCCAAACAUAAAGGAUUUGUUUCUUACUGGGUGUGAAAAUUUAGUUGAGAUUGAAGACUCCGUGGGGCGUUUUGAAAGGCUUUUUGUGGGGGAACCAUAUGGGUUUCACUUUGGCCGUUGGACCUAUCAGGUGAUAACAUGGGGUUGUACCAGCUGGUGUCCUGGCCAACAGUAUCCUAGCUGUCAAAAUCUGUCAUUUGGGAAUUUGAUUGGGCUUAGGGAGUUGUAUAUUGGAACGAGUGAAAAUGAAAAGCCAUGUCGUCUUCCAGGUAGCAUCUAUAAUUUACAACAUAUAGAGAAACUCUUACUUUAUGGCGAAUUCAUAUUUCCAAGGGAUGUGGAGAUUGAUAGACAGCCACCGUGCAAUUCUCUGGGAGGCUUUUCCAAAUAUGUUUUUCCAAGCUUGAAAGACCUAACUCUUAGGUUCUUUUCUAAUCAAUCAGAAAUGGAUUUUAUUUUGAAUUAUUGUUGCCCCGUCACAUUGAAAACAUUAGACGUCUUCUUAUGCAAAGAUGUUACCCUCCCAGAAAGCAUAAGCAGAUGUGAGAGAUUACUUUCGCUUAAAAUUGCAAGUGGGGAAAUUCCUAGGCUUCCACGAAGUUUAAGAUGUUUAACUGUAUCAAAUACUUGGCCUACUCCGCUGAGUUUAAAAUCGGUCUUUCAUUGGUUUGGAGAAUUGAUAGGGGUUCCACCAAAUCUACCACCAUGUUUAGGUGUGACAAGCCACAGUACUCCCUCAUCUACUACAAUAUCCUGUGCAAGUGCUUUCCCAUUUGGCAAGAAAUAUGUCAACAAUAAGUUUGCAAGUUGUUUCAACCAUCAAAGGAAUGGAAAUUUCAUAUCAUUCUUAAUUGGUCCGGAAUUUCCAACAAUUGCUCUCUGUGUUGCUUUUUACUCAACUUAUCCUUUGCAAUAUUAUUGUCAUGCCAUCAUUUCCGUCAAUGGUAGUAAACAAACGACCAAAAGCAUACUGAUUGAAAAGUUUUUGCUUUAUGAGGACAUGAGUUUUUCUUGUAGCUCAUUGCAGGAACUAUUUGAGGGCUUCAAUCUUGGUGAUGAGAAUCUUGUUAAGAUCUUCUGUGAAACCACUCCUCCAAUGCAUGAUUCGUACUUAUAUUGUCGUGAAAUUGAAUGGAUAGGAGUCCAUGUACAAUGCAUUUGUCCUCCACCUCAAAAAUCCAGUAUCUUCCAUGACUACUAUUGUAUCCAACCCCGAGGCCGUCGAAUUUCAAAGAGAAAUGUGCACCAACGGCUUAGACCAUCUCUUCUCAAAGGUCCAAAUUUUAUCCUGCGUAGACUGUACAAUACCCAGUACCGUAGUACCCUGUGGCCAACCCCAAGUACUUCUCUUCAACCAUUACUAAAAGCAAGAAAAAUCAGCAACAAAAAAAGGCUCUUAGUAGCAAGGUGCCGCAAAUGUUUGUGUGGAGCUCAAACCUUUUGUUGGUCUCCCAAGGAGGUUGGCUCCACAUAUUCAGCAGGUUGGCUCCACAUAUUGAGCAGGACCAGUUUCAGUGCAUUCGAGCAAUUUGGAAAGUCGGAUUAUCUCAAGUGCUAUGAAUGGUGGCGGGUCAUCCUCGGUUUCUAAUUCAGAGCUUUCAAUGGAUGUGAAAAAUGGGUCUGACUUGGGUUUGGAAUUUGACUCAAACCAUUGGUGAUCAGUAUUCACAGUCAAAGAAAAGGAGAACGUCCUGAUCAAAUUUCGAAAAACAUGGCAAGCUACUGUUAUUACAUUGAAACUGUUUUCCUUUGUUGGCACACCCUGGAGGACCAUUGAUGAUGAACAAGGCAGCGGCGUUGGUGAAAUUUAUUGAAAAUGUAAAUGAUUGGCACUCCCUGGAGGAUCAUUGUGAUUAAAAAAAAGGAGAAAAAGGUUUCUGUUUAAGAUGUUUGCCUUAGAACUCAUUGCUAGACCCUUUCUUUUGGUGGAUAUUGGUGAUAUCAUGCUAUUCAAGAAUUGAAUAUAGGUAUUACAAUGAAUAGCCUUGUCCCAGCAAGUUAAGUGCAUUCAAGUACAGAGAACUUUGAAAUUUUUUGAUGAAUGAAUAGUUAUCCCCAUAAUAAGAUUAUUGGGACCCAAUAGAUUUAUCAUUCCCGAUAGUGAAUGUCUGAGAAUGAGCUUGACAUCAACAAUGGAUCAUUACCUCAUUGAUUUGUCAUGAAAACAGGUACUUGGAGGGAAUAAAGCAGGUCAUGGACUCGUUGCCGAAGCUUGGACUGAAAUGGUCAAGAUGUUCAAUGGGACUGAAAUGGUUAAAUGCUCUCAGGCAUAGAUACAAUCAUUUGAGAAGGCAAUAUAAUGACAUAAAGGUUCUUCAAUAGAGUGGGUUAUCUUGGGAUGAAACAGGAGAAAUGGUAACCACUGAGAUUAUGUCUAGGAUUCUUAAACCAAGGUGAAUUGUCACUUAUCCACUCUUGUAUCUUUAGAUUAUUUUGUUGUUCUAUUGUGCUACUUAUACAUAAUAAAAAAAUCCAGUUGCAUCCUGAUGCUUGGUCUCAUAGAAAUUAAUCUGUUCCGAGUUGGUUACAAAUUGCUGUUAUAUAUGUUGAAGGGAUUUCUAAUGAAGAUGCAGAAUUUCUUCAUGCAAUGCAGAUUUCAACAAUGAAGACCUCAAUUUGAUGAUUGGUAUAUUUUUUGUUUCAGAAUUGAGAGCUUCCCAAAUAAUUCAAAGAAUAUUAUUGUCUGCUUAUAUAUUCAUAUUUCAUUGUGUUGUUCCUUAACUUACUAUAUCAACAUUCUUUCAGUUGCAUCUGUCAUUUUCUGUCGUUACUAUCCAAAGUCUGAUGUCAUAGAACUAAUAAUUAUGCUUAUUUCUGCUUGAUUAAUGGAAAUCCAGCUUCUGUUGGAGGGUAUAACCAAGUGGUUCAAGAUUGGUUGCAUGUAAUGGUGCUAGUAAGAUUUUCUUUUCACAAGCCUAUAACAGGCUACAACAUUUGGUGAGAUUUUCCCCAUAUUUACUCUUUUUUAGAAUUCUUCUGAAGGUAUAAAAUUUCAUAUAACUCUCAUAAGUUUCAAAUUAAGAUCUCAUGAAUAAACAUACCAUAAUAGAACUCUCCCAAAUUUCAAAUAUUUGUUUUUGAUAUAUGGAAAUGGCAACACCAAUGAAAGGAAAAAUUACUAAAGUCACUCACUGGACAUUGAGGACUAUGAGCUAGGACUGAUGAUCUCUUUCUCUCUCUCUCCCUCUCUCUCAACACUACCUAUAGAUUGAAAGGAUUGGUACGUUCAAUUUAUGACUCGAUAGAUAUUUUAUGACCAUCUGCAUAAUUAUAGAUGAAGGCCAUGUGAAAACUACACUAGUAUAAGUUAAUGUAAAAACUUUGACUAAUUAGUGUUGUCAUAAGUUUUAAUUUCAAGAUAGUGCAAUUACUGCAUUUAGUUUUCUUGAAAGUGUCGUUUAAAAACUCUGAAAUCUCCCCAUUUCAAGUAAUGUUGGAGAUUGAUUUUGUAACUAUAGGAAACAAUAUAAUUGUUCCAAUUUUGCUUUGGUGCCCUUUAGAAUAAAUUCUUGCAUGUAAUGGGAGUUAUUUUGAAGUUGUAGGUGAAGAGGAUGACCAAUAUUUGCUAGUAGUGAUUCUCAUGGACUGUUAUUAUAUUAACCUUGAGUUAGAGCAAUUGCAUAGAAGGAAUAAGAUUGGUCCUACAUGCAAUGCUCAAGCUUUGUCCUAGAUGGUUGCAUCAUGCAGUAGAAGAUUUGGCAUUAUGAGUGGCAAAGAUGUACUAGAAGAUCAAAAUUUAAGCUUAAUGAAGAUUACACGGAAGUAAAGGAUCUCCCCAUUCGGAAUGGCUUCACUGGUGAUGAAAUUUACCAAACAGUGACCACCAAUGAUAUCUUUGGAUAACUUGUAUCAAGUGCUUUUGAACAACUCAGGCUUUGCAACCUCAUGAUGAAAGACCAGAGAGGCCUGUUAAGAGUGUGCACAGCUCCUGAUAGUUGACAAUUGGUGAUCACCGCUAAUGGGUUUUGGCAAGCUUCUUCCAAGAUGGGGAGGUGGCCGAGGUGGCCAGGGUGGCAUGCCAGCUUUUGUGGUCAAAUCACAAUCAGAUAUUGGAGGAUGCAAGUGUUAUUUGCUGAAGAAGGGAAAGGUACCUUGAAGAUUAGAAGUGAUAAUGGAAGACACUUCUGACUUGCUGAAGCAUGGGAUGCAAGAGUUAUUUGUUGUUCAUAACAGAAUUGGAGAAAGGUGUACCCACAUAUUGUCUUGCUCUAGGAUAUAACAAGGUUGACUUGGUGGAUGGAAGAGAAGUUUAGACUUGAACAGUGUUGACGCUUGGAACUUUAGAAGUAGGUAGCUGUCUCAUGCACUGGAUCAUGUGGAACAAUGUCAAUCUGCUUGACAAUCUUUUAAAUGUUUAUAGUCUAUUAGCUCUGUCUUAGGUUGAUAAUAAUCAACAUAGCUAAUUGCCAAUUUGGAAGAGUUGGUAAAACAAGGGUACAUGUCAAAAUAUAUAUGUAAUCAAAGGAACUGAUCAACUUAUUGGCAUUGAAUGACAUUGGGGUCUCCAGAUCAGUAACCUAGUGUAGUGAUAUUGUACUAAUGUUAUCUGCCUACUUUUAUAAAACAUGUAUUGUAACCUAUGAUGAUUGAUAGAAUAGGUUAAUGAAAUGAGGGUCAACAUGUAAAA